AUGGCUAAGAUACUUAAAUGUUCAGAUUGUGAUCGAAUAAUAAAAACUGAUAAAACUCGAGAUCUUAAUAAACACAUGAAUUUAAAUGAAAACCUUCGUAAAGGACAAUGCCAACCAGCUUUGCUUAUAAUGAAAAAUGUAGGAAACAUUACUUUAGAGCAAAAUACACCUCAAACUGAAAACAUUACUUCAGAGCAAAAUCUGCUAGCAACUCCUAAAGGUGAUUUCAUAUCGUUCGAUGAAAACCUACCAACAUUUCAGCCAAGAAAGGCAACAAAUAAUGAAGAAACAAUUAUGGAAGCAUACAAAAGAAUUAAUAAUAAGUCUGAAGCUAUUGCUAAAAAAACUAAUAAUAGAAUUGAUAUAUCAUCUGCACGAAAAAGAAUAUCAGAAAUUGUGAAGCCACUAGAAGAUCAAGUAAAACAUAUAUAUACAGAUGGCUUUAUUAUAGCUGAAAAAGUAGAACUUAAAAUGGGAAUAGAAAUGGAAAUUCCAAAUUUGAUUAUUUUCAAAGAAAAUAAGCUUUGUUUUACAAAUAGUUUACCAGAUUUUAAGAAAAUACAACAAGAUAAAAAGCAGAAUACAAUAUUAAAUACAGAGUAUUCUGCUUUACAGAUAGCAAAAAGGAAACUAUCAAAAAAGUCUGAUAUAAAUCUUCUAAAUGAAAUUAUAAUAGAAAUAUUUUAA